ACGCAGGGGGGCGCUGCGCACAUGCAGGAGACGGGAGCGCGCACAUAGGGAACGACACUACUCACACCAUUCAUAUAAAAUGCACUGACUACCACAAAUCUAAGCGGAAUAAUUUUCAGAAAUGGCAUCUAAAUGAGUGUGGAGAAAUGAGGAUGUUUUUUAAGCUGACUGUCCGUGCUGUGAGCUGCAUUCCCUGCAGGCUGUACAGUGGAGGAAGACCACCUGCCCCAUUAGGAGGAAGAAUCCUCACCCACCCCGAGGACAUCUUUCAGCAUAACAUGUGGGAUCAUGUGCAGUGGACUGAAGAGGAGAGAGAGAAAGCCCGGCAGAAAGCAGAGGAGAACUCGAAAGAGAAGAUUCCUCUAGAAGAGCAAUUGAAAUAUGACAGAGAAGCUCAUAAAUAUUGGGACCGAUUUUAUGAGACGCACCAGAGCAAGUUCUUCAAAAACCGGAAUUGGCUCUUCACUGAGUUCCCAGAGCUUCUCCCUCCAGACACUGCAGGGAUGUAUAUCCCGGAACAGGGGCAGAGCAGCGGGCUGGACUCGUGCUCAGAGUCUGGGAACGGAGAAAAGCACCAGCCCUGCGGUUCCAGCACAUUAACCAGUGAUAUGGACACAUUCCCUGGACAACAUGCUGCUUUUAGGAUACUAGAGGUGGGCUGCGGUGCAGGAAACAGUGUGUUUCCCAUCAUCAACUCCAUCAAGGGCAAUAAGGCGUUUCUGUACUGCUGUGACUUCUCAUCUCGAGCUGUUGAGCUCAUCCAGGAGCACCCAGACUAUGACCCUGCGGUGUGUCAUGCAUUCGUGCGGGACAUUUGUGACACAACAUCCCCAUUUCCCUUCCCCCCUGAGAGUUUGGACAUUAUUCUGGUGGUCUUUGUGCUCUCUGCCAUCCACCCAGCACGCAGAGCUCAAGGUGUGGUGGAGAGUUUGGCUGGACACCUGAAGCAGGGAGGAAUCGUGCUGUUCAGAGACUAUGGCAGAUAUGAUCUGUCACAACUAAGAUUUAAAAAAGGUCAGUGUUUGUCUGAAAACUUUUAUACGCGACAGGAUGGAACCUGUGUGUAUUUCUUCACAAAAGACGAGGUUCAUCAUUUGUUUUCUAAUGCUGGUUUGGAGGAGAUUCAGAAUCUGGAAGACCGAAGACUGCAGGUGAACAGAGCAAAGAAGGUGGUAAUGCACAGAGUGUGGAUGCAAAGCAAAUACCGGAAGCCUUAUCUGAUUUCAGGAUCUGUCUAGCAGACUGAGCUCUACACAAACUGAGCUAGUCUUAUCAAGAUUUUGAAGGACAUUAUCUUUGUGAUAGACCUCAGGUAUAGUAAAUGAUGGAGAUGACAUUAUAAAAACACCAAGAAAGCAAUCCUUAUGUUCCUUUUAAAACUAAACAGUUGCUCCCAUUUUGUAAUGAAUGUAUUGUCUUUGCAUUAUUAGCUAUUCGAGUGAAUUGUCAUUACCAGAGUUAUAAAAGUUAAAAGUUGUUCUUCUAAAAGUCACCUUAGAGACCAUUUACCAUUUCAUGUAAUCAAAUAACCACAUUUAAUAUGAUUUAAGUGCUAAAAAGGUGUUUGAUUUUUCAUACAAGUGUAUUUUGUGUACUGCUACACUAUUUUACUAUUUAUUGGAACAAAAUAUGCAAAUUCGCCUCCAUAUUGACUGUCACAAAUGGUUUUAUUUGUUCUUUAAAUAUGUAUUUGCUCAGGUUUUUAUAGAAUUGUUUGAUGUACAUUGAUUAUUAUUUGUAAUGUUUUACAUGUUUGUAAUGGCAAAUUGGUUUCCAAAGAAAUAAAUUUGAUAAUAAAAACGUU